AAUACUGAAUAUCUGAACAUCUCAUUUAUUAUUAUUUUGAUAUUUGAUGGUGUUAUAUUUGCCUUUUUGAUCAGCUUUGAUGACAGAUGAUCAUUAAAGCCUUAAAGCAGUUAUCAUCUAUGUUUAUAUAUGUGUGUGUGUGUGUGUGUGUGUGUGUGUGUGUGUGUGUGUGUGCGUGUGUGUGUGUCUCCAGGACGUCCUCUCCUGGUCAGGUUCUUCUCCCCAUCGCCAACUGGAAAACUAAGAACCCUCCUGUGUACGAAGACGACUACGGACCUCAGAUACUACACGUCUACGAGCUCCUGAACAGCGGGCCCAGCACCAUCAGCAAGGCCACGCUGGAGGUGGACUGGCCGUACCGGUACAGGAACGGGUCUCUGCUCUACAUCACCGGCAUCGACACAGAGGGACCGAUCAACUGCACCUCGGACAUCGAGAUCAACCCGCUCAACCUGACGAACCCGCUGUCCUUGGAGAAGAACGUCAGCGUGGUUCCACCAAGAGAACGAGAGACAGAGGGACGGAACCGGAACCACAGAACCAAGAGAGACCUGGAGACUAGAGACUCGCAGAACGACCUGCAGACACUGGAAUGCAGCCCAGCUGAGUGUCAGCAUAUCAGAUGUCAGGUGGGUCGUCUAGAGAGGAGGAAGAACGCCAUCCUCUUCAUCUACUCCCGCCUGGCCGUCGACAACUUCCUCAAGACGGAGAACCAGAACCGCUCGUAUGUGGUCCAAGCGACGGCAACCUUCAACGUCAUCGAGAUGCCGUACAAGAUCCAGGAUUCAGAGCUCCCGUCCAACAGCACCACUGUGAGAGACUUACAUUUAAAGAGACAAUACGACCU